AUGGCUCAGCAAGGUCAAGAAGCUUCGAGCCAGAUCCAUGGGAGCCCCCUCUCUAUCGGCCUCGACCCAUUUUGCUUUAGGCAAUUCGAUGAUCCUAAAUACCCUGGGACUAGAAUUCCUAUGGAAAAGGAUGCAUUCAUGGAAAAGCUCCAUGAGGUCCUUGCUUGUGAGAGACCUAAGCUGGUGCCCGGCUACGCUCCCUUCUGCAAACAUAUUUUUGUGGACAACUUUACAGACGCUAGGGUGUCAACACUACCCAUCAAUGAAGAUAACAAGAAGCUUAUUCGCACGGGAUAUCUGGCACGGCGACCCGAAGAACUUGCAGUUUUAUCCCGUUGGCUUCCGGCCUCUUUAGUCAGGGACCAGCUUAUUCGUGCAAAGUACCUCGACUUAAUUUUGUAUUCGCGGGAGCAAGUCGCUAAGGAGAACGCUGCGAUGGCUAAAAUCGACAUAACAGAGAUCGACCCCUCUGCUCCCGAGUGGUUUUUAAUUUCCAUAAAGGCGCAGAAUGAGCCAUUCGAGCUGCCAAUGAACCCAAUUACGAUAAUGCGUAACGCGCUGAUAGAGGAGGGUGGCAGUGGCGUGGCCAUAGAUCGCGGGGCGUAUGCGCAGUCAGUCGAGUACUGGAGUAAGCACGUCGUAGUGCAGGAGGAUGAAGCUUAG